UCGUUUCUAAUCAGUACUACGUGAUAAGUAGGACUUUACGUGUUACACCGGCGGCUGUGACACGAACCACUGGUCGACCAUGAAGUUUGUCUUGUGUCUAGCAGCUCUGGCAGCCUUCUACUGCUCCGUGGACUCCAAAGAGAGUCCACCCAAGGUUCAGGUGUACAGCUUUAAGCCAGGGGAGUUUGGGAAGGAAAACCAACUGAUCUGCCACGUUAGUGACUUUCACCCCCCUGACCUCAGCAUCCAGCUGCUUAAGGACGGAGAGGAAAUCCCCAAUGCCAAGCAGAGCGACCUGGCCUUCAAAGACAACUGGCACUUCCAUCUGACCAAGACUGUGCCCUUCACACCCAAAGACGGAGAGAAUUACGGCUGCAGGGUCACUCAUGGGAUGACCGUUAAAAACUACGCCUGGGAGCCAAACAUGUAACUGUCCGCAAAGGCCCAGCUUGAGCGAUGCCAGGUGGUUUGCCCACAGCUUCAGCAGCAUUACCCUCCACACCUUCAAUCAACAGGAUCACCGUUGCUCCAGACUUUCUUAUUCUUCUUUUCUCAAAACUAAAUAUCAGUAUCAUGUUAAGGGGACUGUAAACAUUCGGCUACUAUUUUAAUACGAGGGAUGCGGUGGAUGCAGGGCUUGAAGUCAUUUGUAAAUUAGUAGUACAUUGCUUCUAUUUACUUGAAACCAUAUUUUUCAGCCUUUGAUACUAAAAAUUGUGUGUAUUGAGCAUAAGUAAUGAAAUGCCUCUGUUGAUUGAGCGUAUAAUUUGUUUCUACAAAUAAAGUGUGUAACUUAAAAGA